UGUAAAGGAAACCAGACGUAAACACUUCGCUAAAAGCAUGUCCCACUCCGCUGCAAUGCUUUAAAACUGUCAUGCAUCUAUCCUGGAAAACACGAAUAUACAUUUUAUGCAAGAUUUAACUUCCAAAAUGGACGAAAACGCGUUGAAAUCACUGGUUAAGAUGACUCAGGAGGGAGAUCUCGUUUCUUUGGAAAAAUGUAUGAGCUCUUUGGACGGCGAAUCGGUUCUGACUGUGAUCAGCAAACAUUUCGGACGAUCUGGGGACACUUUAAUGCACUAUGCGGCGAGACACGGACAUUUAGACAUCGUUAAAUAUCUGCAUAAACUGGGCUUGCAUGUUGAAGUUUACAAUAACGACUACAAGAGACCGCUCCACGAGGCUGCGUCAAUGGGAAACCUCGAAUGCGUCACGUAUCUGCUUGAAAACGGAGCCAAAGUGGAUAGUUUGAAGAAAGCGGACUGGACACCUCUGAUGAUGGCGUGCACCCGGAGAAGCCUCCCUGUGAUUGGUCAGCUCCUGGAUCACGGAGCCGACCUGAGUCUGAAGAACAAAGACGGCUGGAGCGCGUUCCACGUGGCGUCCAGAGAGGGCAGCGCUGAGGUGGUGCUGCUGCUGCUCCAACGCUCAGAGCAGGUGUGGAGGACAGAGAGCAAGACUGGGCGCACGCCACUCCACACGGCAGCUCUGCACGGUUGUGAAGAAGUGGUCAAAAUAUUGUUGGAAAGGUGUGAGUACAGGCCGGACCAGAGGGACAGCUGUGGGGUCACUCCGCUUAUGGACGCUCUGAGAAACGGACACAUCUCUGUGGCUAAACUUCUGUUAGAAAAGCACCAGGCGAGUCCUACGGCCGUGGACAGACUGGGAGCUCAGCCCAUCCACCAGGUGGCAGUAACGGGACAGAAUGAAGCUUUAAGGUUUUUAGUGAAGGAGCUGAACGUGGAUGUGAACGAGAGCGCCACCAGCCUCCAGCUCACGGCAUUACACUACGCUGCUAAGGAAGGCCACGUCUCCACUAUAUUAACACUGAAAGAGUUAGGAGCUGAUCUCCAAAGACAAGACGCAAAGGGAAGAACUGCUCUUCACAUGGCAUCCAUUGGUCAACACGCUGAAGCAGUGAGCACUCUACUCCAGCUCGGACUGGAAAACUCGCCAGAUUCAACAGGAACUACUCCACAAGAAAUCGCAAAGAAACCAGCCGUGGUCCAGGCGUUUCACACGGAGACUUCAUAACAAAUACUAUUAUGUCUGAAAGAUGCAACGGUUAUUUUAUUAUUUUGAGUUUGAGCAGCAAAACAAAUACAAUGUCUAUUAUUGAAAUAGUUCUAAUUGCAGAGAUCUAGUCGCUGAGCAAAGCCAAAAGUGUUGUAACCAAGAAAAAUAAGGGUUUAGUCCCCAUUUUGAUGUGUGUGUGCCUAUUACUUUUCACUUGUCACCACAUACGUGUUUACUGAAGACAUAAUUAAAUGUAGAUAAAACCAAUGACAUGUGAAGAAGACUAAUGUGGUGGGUUUCACAAUAAUUUUAAUAACCACAACUCGCCUCAAUACAAAGCAGGAGCGGAAAUGACGGGCACUAUUUUUCACACCUUCAGUUUUUCUGAGCGUGCACACCUCGAAUACAGGACAAAACAGGAUUACUCAAACAAUCAUUAAACAAUCAAAAUGAGGAUAACCAGAUUUUUAAAAUCAAAAACUGGAACACCCUCAGUUUGGGGUGAAGGUAGUGAAAGAGUAUGUGAAUAAGGAAAAUUGUUUUGCCCAUUCAUGACUUAUUCAGGACUAACAUGUGAGUGACUAUAGUCACAUUUUCUUUGUGUUUUGGUCAUUUUUAAGCAGCUUUUCUGUAUUUUGCCAAAGCAAAUGACAAUUAAUGCCUCUUUUUACUGGUAGCAGGGAUCAAAUCGGUCAAAACAUAAGGACACCAGGGACAUUUCUUGUAUAGCACUGGGACUAAUCAAUGGUUUUGGAUAAAUCCACUGGGACAAGGGAGACAAAGAUGGUGUUCUGUCGAAAUGGGCUGCCUCGUAGAAAUGAGCGAUCUGAGGUUUUUCCAUUUAUAGUUGUAUCAAUCCAAUACAGCCUAACCUCCAUACAUAUUAUAAACCACAUAACCCACAUAUUUAUUUGGAUUAGAGAUGCGGGUUUAAUGCCGUUUGCACGCGGUGAUCAAACUUUAUACCUUAGUUAUGUACAAUUUCAAUUCAUUUAUAUGAAUAUGUGUAGGUGGUUCAUUUGGACAGUCGUAUUUUGCUCAAAUAGGCUCCGACGAAAGAUAGCACAUAUCGACAGGACAAUUUAGCCAUUGAAUAAUACUCCCACUGUAGAAUCACCAUUAUUCACUCAUUUAUAUGAAUGUGGGUAGAGGAGCUCAUUUCCACAGGCCGAUAUCUUCUAUCAAAUAAGGCUCCCACUAUAGAAAAGAAAGAAAUUACCAGAAAAACUGAAAUCUUUAUAUUAAAUAGCGUUAAAUAUAUAAUAUUUAAUUCUAUUCUAUUUAUACAGCGCCUUUCUAAACAAAGUUACAACAUUUUCUACACAUGGAAACAAAAUAAAAUAUAACAAUAAAAUCUAAUAUUAAAUCCAAACUAUUCAAUCAAAUAAUGUAGGUAUUCUGCCGCAAAUCUAACAUGCACAUGUCAUUGCUUACAUGCUUAAUUGGUCAAAACAUACAAUAAACCAAUACACUUUUAACCCUCUCAGGCUCAAAUUAAAUUUUAUUAAUAGGACAAAAACUGAUAUUUGGGGAAAAUGAUCAUAUGGGGUAGUAAUAUACACUCCUGACUUUUUUUGAGAGAGACCUUCACAUCCAAUGAGUUCUGGGAUGUUGCAGCAUUAGUCUGGUGUUCAAAAUUAACACUGAAGACUGAAAAUGAUAUGAACACUAACUUUAUGUGUAAACCACUUUUCAUAACAAUGAAAACAUAAAGCACAGUGUAACAGCUUUACAGUGGCAGAACAACAUCACUUUUUCGUGUGGUGCUCCAAGAAACAAUUUUUAUAAUUUGUAAACAACAAAAGUACUUUGCACUUCUGGCAGGUCGUUUGUGCGUAGCCAUUCUUGCACAGUCUGCAUCGUCCACGUUUAUCAGCAUGGAUGGGAGAAA